GCCCUGAGAAUCAUAGCAAGCAGAUGAAGGGUGUGGAAAUGACACUGUGCAGAAGCCACACCUGAAGGUCCUGGGGGUGUUAAGCCUACUGAGAAGCUGGGAACUGUGUGUGUGCCGUUUUGAAUACCUAUAGCCAUAGCUGUGACUUAAAAUAUUUAAUAUUAAAAAAUAUUUUUUACAGCCCAGUACUUUAUAGUUGUAUUCAGAAAAAAAAAAUAUGGCAGCUUAUAUACCCAUUGAUUCGACACCAGUAAACCAAGACGUGAACACGGAGAAGAGCAACAGAAAACGAAGGAGGAAAUAUGAAGAGCAAAAUUACAAAUAUGUCACACCAUCAGAGAACCAACCAGCUAAAACAGCAGAAAAGGGGACAUUGAAGUACAGAACAUUCUCCGCAUCUUCGAAGUCAGAAAAAACAGAAGUUUAUCAAGAUGACUACUAUCCAGAUUACCUCCAGGGGAGCAGACCCCAGCAAGAUGCUGCCCCAGAGCCAGCCCCCCCAGAGCCAGCCCCCCAGAAGAAGGAGCCGGCGAAGGGGAAAAAGGACCCGGCGAAGGGGAAAAAGGACCCAGCUCAUGGGUGUCCCAAAGCCAGGAGGAAAAAGCUCGCCUCCUACGACAGGACAGAACCAGCCGAUGAUGAUGUGGUAAGACAUAUUAUCAGGCUAAGGGAAAAGUCUGGCUGCCAAACAGCAUUGCCGCACCAUAAUUUGGUAUACAAGAGUCCCAAAAGUAGAGUUCAGAAGAUUCUUCUAAAGGAACCUCUGCAAGAUGGAGAAUUUGUGUACUGUCUUCCUCGGAAAAAUCCUAAAGUCUUUUAUAAUCAAUACGACCUGCAGGUGGUCUCCGCGCACCGAGCCAGGCACUGCAGGGAGUUCUGGACCGUGACGGCUGCGUUUGUUUCAAAGGUGACCAGAACGGGCCUGGAGGAGGAGGUGGAGCUCCUGCCCACGCGGGAGUGGCUGUCGGAGAGGAGAUGCUACUACUUGCUCCGGCAGUUCAGGAUCUUCUCCAGUUUCCGAAUUAAUAAAGCAUUUGUUACUUGGAAAUUGAAUGUUAAAAGAACUAAGACAGAGAGAAGCAGGGCGUUUCUGCGCUGCCAGCUGCUCUGCGCCGACGAGCUGUUGCAGGGCUGCCUGCUGCACGUGAAGGGGCUCUGUGAGGAUGCGGCCAACCCCAGGGGCGACGCCGAGGGCGAGGACGGCGCCCCCGCCGUCUGCCUUGUGAAGCUGGAUAGGUCUCGAACAUACUCUCUGGAUGAAUUUUGUGCGGAACAGUUACAGCAGGCUACCCGAGCAUUGAAACAGCUGGAGGAUAUCAGGGAUAAAGCUAUUUCAAAGAUUAAAAGUACAAUUUUAAAGGUGGCAGAAAAGGAGGACAUUAAAGAAUAUUUCGAGUCCAGCUCCUCUGAAGAUGGCAGGUCACAUUUCAAGCUGCCUAAAUAUCGACGCUUAUUAAGAACGACUUGGCGGUUUCUGAUGCUGGUUGACUACAUCUUCCAGGAGGUCGUCCGCCAGCUGAUGAACACGGCGGUCACGCUCCUGUUGGAGUCAUUUAAUAACUCUGCUAGAAUGCCAUCCUCCGAGGGCAAAAAGAAUGAAAAUCUCAUCAAAUCGUACAAAGGCACCUCUGCUUUUACUGGAAAGAUAACAAAUCACUCUGAAGAACUUGUUUCUAAUUCAAGCUUGCAUUCCACUUCUUUUCUAAAGUCAGAAGUAACAACAGAAGCUGGUAUUAAUGAGAUUUUGAAUUGCAUUAAAAUGGAUAAAGAGCUGAGAAAGACAUACGCACCAGUAUUUGAAGUAAAUCUACACCUGAGAAUUCCUGCUGAGAGCGAUUCUUCAGAAAGCUCUAGAGAGAGCUUUGAGGAGUCCAAUAAGUGCUCUGAAAAAUCUUCAAUAUGCAAAGAGGAAGGAAUCUCAGAAAGUGAAGACAGCCAUGCCAUGCAGCCCUUGAGCAGUGAACCCCCAGUCAUGAAACCAGAAAGGAGCAAUUUCCACCUGGAAGAAAUCCUUUCCGAAGAAGACACCCUAACAGAUUUUAAGAAGAAAUUCAUGUGUGAUGAACUUUUAGAAUUCUCUACAAACCUCUUAAUUGCUCCCAACAGACUGGAGUUUUCAAUAAAAAUUCAAAAUAUGGUGACUGAUAUCGAAAAAUGUAUAACCCAAAUCAUUCCUCUUUACCAAGAUCCCCGCCUGUCUAACUUUACUGAUUUGACUUUAACUAUGGAGUUACCUAAUAAGACGCAAAGUAGGAUAAACUAUAAGAAGCAAACCAAAUGGCCAGAUUGUCAGAUCCUUUUUGAGAUGGACCCUGCAUACCAAAAUAAAAUUGUGAGUCUCCUGACUGUUGUUGGUAACUCCAUGGGCCUGGUUAAUACAUAUAGCCACAGGUUUCUGAAAUACUGUACCAUGGUAGACAGGGCCAAGAUGAUGAUCAUGAAAGUAUCGUCUGUGGAAGAAUUAACUUCAGCGCAGUUUCGAACUAUACUGGCUGAGUUCACAAAUUAUCUUAAACAUAUUGUUCACAUGGCCGUUGAGAAGCGUAUUGGUAUUUUCACCGUUGUGAGUCUCGAUUACCAGGCAGAAUGCUUACCGCACAUCGAGAAUGUCAUACGUAUAAGCCAGGACCUCCUGCGAUCUGUGAUCGAAAAAAAGAAUGCAAACCUAUUGGAAGUUGUAGAAUCAUCACUGAAAAAGCUGGAAUGCGAUCCCACUGAAAUAGAAGAAUUUAUGGAACUUUUUACUUUUCUGGAUUCAGUUUCCUCAGAAAUAUCUAGACUAGAAAAAGAGCAUUCAACAGUUGCUCAGCUCUACUCUGUUUUGAGGUACUACCAGAUCCGUAUUUCAGAGGAGCAGGUUGCCAUACACAAAACCCUUUUCAUCAAGUUCACUCAGCUAAAAACUGCUAUGAAGUUAAGUAAAAUAAAUAAAGAUGCUACCAUUGCGAAGUUCAGAGACAACUUGGAAGUAUAUGUCACUGGUCUGCGGGUUGACAUCAGUAAUUUAAAGGCCAAAAUAAGAACCCCCGUCCUGCUCCACACCGGCACCCGAGUGUCAACGGCGAUGGAAAUGAUCCAGGCGCUCUCCCAGGAGGCGGCAAGCCUGGCUAACAAAAUCCGAAUGUGCUCCAACUACCAGGAGUUCUUCAGCGACACCCAUUCUUUCAACCUGGAGGAGAUCACGCAGAUCGUGCACGCGGAGAUCUCCGACAUCGAGUACGACCUGACGCUGCGGCGGGUCCUGUGGGAUGCGCAGGAGGAGUGGAGGGCCCUCUUCCAGGAGUGGCGGGCCAGCGCGCUCCACGAAAUCGACGUGGAGGCCGUGCAGAGGAACGUCUCCAGGUGGAUGAACAUCAUCUAUGUGCUGGAAAAAGGUUUACCUAAAAACAACAUGGUGAUGUACCUGAAGCAGUCAGUGACGGGUUUUAGGCAAGAGCUGCCUAUCAUCAUAGCUCUGGGGAACCCCUGUCUGAAGCGAAGGCAUUGGGAGGCCCUCCAGGAGAUUACUGGGAAGUCAGUUCAUCUUCAUAAAACCUGUAUAGUGGAGAAUAUUCUAGCGCUCAAGAUGUAUCAGUAUGAAAAGGAAAUAAAUGAAAUCUCAACCUCGGCGACCCAUGAAACUGCCCUUGAGAAGAUGCUCUUCAAGAUCAUUGACCUCUGGAACACGACCCCCCUGCACCUGGUGCCUCAUCACACGGAGGCCGGCUCCGCCCCCAUCAUCUCCUCGCUCGACGACCUGGUGGCUCAGCUGGAAGAGUCUCAAACCAUGCUUGCGACAGUUAAAGGGUCCUCCUAUAUCGAGCCCAUUAAGGGUCUGGUGGAUAAAUGGGACCACAACCUGACUCUCUUUUCUCAUACUCUUGAGGAGUGGGUGAAUUGUCAAAGAUCUUGGCUUUACCUUGAACCGGUCUUUAAUUCUUUAGAAAUAAAAAGGCAGCUCCCAGCAGAAGCGAAACUCUUUUCUCAAGUGAUUGGCAGUUGGAGGGAAAUCAUGUUUAAAAUCCAAAACAGACUGGAUGCUUUGCAAGUAGCCACCUCUGCGGGGAUUCUGGAAACUCUGCAGAAUUGCAACGCGUCUCUUGAAUAUAUAAAGAAAAGUCUGGAGGACUACCUUGAAAUUAAAAGAAUGAUUUUCCCACGAUUUUACUUCCUGAGCAACGAGGAGCUGCUUGCUAUUCUAGCCGAGAGCGAAGACCCCGAGUCCGUCCAGCCUCACCUCGUGAAAUGUUUUGAAAACAUAAAACAGUUGUUGAUAUGGAAACAGGAAAUCGGCCCUCCUGCUGUGAUAAUGCUCGUAUCGAACGAAGGAGAAACCCUUGUGAUGCCAAAGAAAAUUCAUGUACGAAAUGCUGUAGAACAGUGGCUGGUAAAUGUAGAGAAAAGCAUGUAUGAUGUGCUGAAAAAAUUUGUAAACCAAGGGAUUGAAGACUGGCACCACCAGCCUUUUCCCCUGUGGGUGGUAUCGCACCCAGGACAAGUGGUACUCACCGUGAGCCAGAUCAUAUUUUAUAAUGAGUGUGUCAAAAGUUUUGCGAGCUCUCACUCAAGAGAAGAGCUGGAAAAGGUCCACGCUGGUAUAAUAUGUCAUCUAGAAGAGGUUGCAGAGCUGGUGGUGCUGGAUUCUAGUAACUCUCGAACCAAAAUUGUGCUAGGGGCCUUGGUUACGAUUUACGUUCACUGCAGAGAUAUAGUGAGAGAUUUACUACUCAAAAAUAUCUUCAAUGCAGAGGACUUUGAGUGGACAAGACAUUUGCAGUAUAAAUGGAAUGAAAAGCAGAAGCUGUGCUACGUAUGCCAGGGGGACGCGAGCUUUACCUACGGCUACGAGUACCUGGGCUGCACCCCCAGGCUGGUGGUCACGCCGCUCACCAGCAGGUGCUGGCUCACCCUCACCGGCGCGCUGCACUUGAACCUGGGCGGCUGCCCCUCGGGCCCGGCGGGCACGGGCAAGACCGAGAGCGUGAAGGACCUGGCCAAAUCCUUAGGUAAACACUGUGUGGUCUUCAACUGUUUUGAGGAUUUGGAUUAUAAGAUCAUGGGGAAAUUCUUCUUCGGCCUAGUGCAGUCGGGGGCGUGGUGCUGCUUCGAUGAGUUCAACCACAUCGACGUGGAAGUCCUCUCGGUGAUUGCCUCGCAGAUCCAGACGAUUAAGGCCGCCAAGGACUGCUACUCUGUCAGGUUUGUGCUGGAGGGACGAGAAAUCCGUAUCAACAUGUCCUGCGCAGUAUUUGUCACCAUGAAUUACGGAUACAAAGGUCGUGUAGAGCUCCCAGAUAACUUAAAAUCUCUCUUUCGCCCUGUGGCAAUGGUGGCUCCCCAUUUUCAAAUGAUUGCUGAAAUCAUUCUGUUCUCGGUGGGUUUCAAAUCCGCAAAAUCGCUCUCCAGAAAGCUCGUUAACCUGUACGACUUAGCCAGCAAGCAGCUCUCACAACAGGACCACUAUAAUUUUGGCCUGAGGUCUCUGAAGACAAUUAUAAUAAUGGCUGGAAAGAAGAAACGGAAGUUUGAAUGUACCGCAAGCGACAGUCUCUCGGUAAUGGACGAGUCUCUGAUUGUGAUUGAAGCGGUCAGAGAAGCUUGUUUACCAAAAUUCAUUGCAGAAGACGUGCUACUUUUUGAAAAGAUCAUAGGAGAUAUUAUUCCCGAAGUGACAGUUUCAAAAGUCAACCAGCUGGCCUUGGAGAAAGUAAUAGCUAUUGCAACACAACAGCUGGGCUUACAGCAAUGGCCAGCUCAGAAAGAAAAAGCCAUCCAGUUUCAUAACCAACUUCAGGCUUGUGUCGGGGUGAUGCUGGUGGGCCCGACGGGUGGAGGGAAGACGGCGGUCAGGAGGAUUCUGGAAAGAGCGCUGACGCUGUUGCCCACGGAAGAUGUGCUGCCGCCUGAGGACAGGGACUUGACUUCACAGACUUCAGGAAGAAAAGGAAAAGUGGAUAUUUGUAUUUUAAAUCCAAAGUGUAUCACUGUUAGUGAGCUAUACGGGCAACUGGAUCCUAACACUAUGGAAUGGACCGACGGACUGUUGUCAGCAACAAUCCGAAAUUAUGUAUAUAGCAACACUACGUGGAAUUCAAAGAAAGACACCGAUCUCAGACUGAAGUCGUCAACCUUAGAGUCGUCUAAUGUUUUCCAGCUCCAUGCCUGGAAUCCAGCAGAUGUUCAUGGUAAUAUUUUUAAGAAGGAGAUGGAGAAAGAUGUUAAAAUGACAGAAAGUGAGAAGUUCGACUGGCAGUGGGUCGUCUUAGAUGGCCCAGUGGACACCUUUUGGGUGGAAAGCCUGAACUCCAUGCUGGACGAGACUCGGACGCUGUGCCUAGCGAACAGCGAGAGGAUCGCCCUGACCAAUAAAAUCAGGGUGAUCUUCGAAGUGGACAGUCUCUCUCAGGCCAGUCCUGCUACUGUGAGCCGAUGUGCAAUGGUCUACAUGGAUCCUGUUGAUCUGGGAUGGGAGCCGUAUGUUCAGUCAUGGCUUUCAAAAACGUCUAAAAUUAUGAGUCAAUCAGGAGUGGAUUGUCUUGAAUUCUUGAUAAAAAACAGUGUCAAAGAUGGACUACAGUUCAUAAAGAAACGUCAGAAAUUUCAGCCAUUUCCCGUGCAGGACAUAACAAUCGUUACAACUCUCUGCAGAAUUCUUGAUGCUUUCUUUGAAUUCAUGGGUAAAAACGGAGGCUUUGGACAAUGUGGAGAUGUGAACUGCGUUUCAACUGAGAAGAAAAGUUCUCCGUUUUCAAAAGGUUCUGUCAAAUUCAAGGACACGGAAAAGAGGGCGGAUGAAAAUACCUGGUACCUGGAAAAACAUCCUGAUAAAUUAAAGAUGCUGAUUCAGAAGCUGUUCAUCUUUGCGUUUACUUGGGCGUUCGGAGGGACUUUAAAACGGGAAGAUGAGCAUGAAAGUGAUACGCUGUUGUAUUCAAGCUUCGAACCUGCUCCCCAUGCCAGAGUAACCUACGAUUUUGACAACUUUGUUCAUGAAUUAUUUGAAAACAAUUCCCAAGUAGGCAUUACCCUGCCAACUGGCGAACAGUCCAUCUUUGGGUAUUUUGUGGAUUUACAGCAAUGCGAAUUCAUACCGUGGUCAGAACUACUUCCUAACGCUCAGACGCUGCUUCAGAGAGGGACUUCCAUACUAGCAGAUCACCAGGGAUCCAGGGACAACCUCCUGAAGAUCAGAGAGUAUGGGGAGAGCGUCAACCACAUGGCCACCAGGGACACCAUAUGCCUCUCCUUCCUCAUCAGCCUCCUUUUAAAGAAUUUCUGCCCCGUGCUUCUCACAGGAGACUUUGGCGUCGGGAAAACGACCGCCAUCAAUCAGAUGCUUGCACAGUUGGAGGGCUCCGGAGGCUUCCGUGUGAAAUACGGGUCAAUUCUGGGAGAAGUCCUAUUAUAUAACGAAAUUAAAAAGUCAAGCCUGAGGCAGAACAUCAGCCUCCUGCUUUCGGAAACUCAUAAGGCAGCGGGGAGCCAAGAUAAGGUUACUAAGAAGCCAGAAAAAACUGAUGUAAGUUCAUUUAAAAAAGAGAGAAAAGAAGUUACCGUCUCUACGAUAAAUUUUGGCAUCAAAAUGACGGCUGCCAAAACCAAGGAGGUGAUCCUGAAGUUAAGGAGAAGACUGAAGAACACGCUGGGAGCACCCGAAAGCAGCAGGAUUGUCAUGUUCAUUGAUGACCUGAAUAUGCCCGAAGCAGAUAUGUACGGAGCACAGCCACCCCUGGAACUAAUCAGACAAUUACUAGAUUUGGGAGGAAUUUAUGAUACUGAAAAAAUUUCAUGGAAGAAUAUUCAAGAUCUCUCUCUCGUGGCAGCUUGUGUUCCUUCCAUCGGGAGGAGGGAUAUUAGCCCGCGGCUCCUGAAGCAUUUUUCCAUCCUGGUCCUGCCUCACCCUCCACAGGUUGCCCUGCGUACUAUUUUCCAGGUGCAUUUGGGCAUGUAUUUCUCCAUCCAGAACUUCACAGAUGAAGUUCAGAAAAGCAAGGACCAGCUGAUAUCCUGCUGCCUGGCUGUGUACCACCAAGUGUGCCAGGCGAUGCUGCCCACGCCGGCCAAGUGCCAUUACCUGUUCAAUCUUCGGGAUAUGUUCAAGCUCCUGCUGGGGCUGAUGCAAGCCGACAAGGCCGUGAUUAACUCCAAAGAGAUGGUCGCUCUGUUCUUCGUUCACGAAGCCACCCGGGUGUUUCACGAUCGCCUGAUUGAACAUUCCGAGAAAAGUCAGUUCUAUCGGUUUCUUUCAAAGGAACUCGAGAAUUAUUUUCAGAUUCAGUGGGCCAAAGAAUCCCUGAUGAGCGACUCGACUGUAUUUGUGGAUUUCCUGGAUAUCAACAAAUCUCACAGAAGAAAGAUCUACCAGAACACCAGUGAUUAUGACAAGCUCGCCGAGGUACUCAGUGAAUUCCAGAUGAAGAUUUCUCAUUCCAUGGUGUUCUUCAAGGAGGCCAUAGAGCACAUCUCGAGAGCCGCCCGGGUCCUCCGGCAGCCAGGGAGUCACAUGUUACUGAUUGGAAUCGACGGGUGCGGAAAGGAAACCUGCGCGACCAUGGCCUGUUACCUGACAGACUACAAGGUGUACCAGAUGCCCGUGUCUCACAACUACGCCUACAUGGAGUUCAAAGAAGACUUUAAGAAGGUCUUUAUUCAGACAGGGCUGGAAGGGAACCCCACUGCUUUGAUCAUGGCUAAUCUUAACCUGGACCAGGAGGCGUUUUUGGAAGACUUGAACAGCAUUCUCAACUUGGGGAAAGUGCCUGACAUAUUUGAAAAGGAGGAGCUGGACUCUCUCGCACUCAAGAUUAGAUCUCUCCCUGAGCAGAGCUGUUAUUUUGAUAAUAGGCAAACUGUGCUUUCAUUCUUCCAGAAGAGAAUAUAUAAAAACCUGCGUAUCUUUAUGAUUGUGAGCCCCACGGGCCCCAGCUUCCGCCAGAACUGCCGGCUGUACGCGUCCAUGAUCAGCGCCUGCACCAUCGACUGGUACGAGAAGUGGCCAGAGGAGGCCCUCCUCAUUGUAGCCAACUCUUUCCUAAGGGAGAAGGUGGAUCUGGAGAACAGAGAGAACUUAAAAGAAAAACUCGCCCCAACAUGUGUCCAAAUCCACAAAACUAUAGACGACUUGAACACAAAAUACUUCCAUAAAACUAGAAGGCAUUAUUACGUUACUCCCAGGAGCUACUUGCGAUUCAUGGAUACGUUCGCACACAUUUUGAGGUCACGGGAGAAAGAAAUGCAAACGAAGAGGAACCGUUUCCACAUGGGCCUGUCCAAGAUCCUGGAGGCAACCGCUCUGGUUACCGAUAUGCAGGAGGAGCUCUUGAUUGUCAGUCCUCAGAUAGAGCAAAAAACAAAGGAAAAAGAGACCUUAAUGGAAAAACUGCAGAAAGAUUCACAAGUAGUCGAGAAAGUGCAGAAGCUUGUUAAACAGGAUGAAGAAAUUAUGGCAGAAGAAGUGCGAAUUGUGGAAGAAUACGCUCAGACAACCGCCAAUGAACUGAAAAGUGUCCUGCCUGCUUUGGAGAAGGCCAUCGUGGCUCUGAAUGCCCUGGAUAAAGGCGAUAUCUCUGAGUUAAGGGUGUACACGCGGCCUCCCUUCCUCGUGCUCACCGUCAUGAACGCCGUGUGCAUCCUGCUGCAGAAGAAGCCGAACUGGGCCACGGCCAAGCUGCUGCUCUCGGAGACCGGGUUCCUGAAAAAGCUGGUGAACCUCGACAAGGACAGGAUACCCGAGAAGGUUUUUGUGAAGCUGAAAAAAUUUUUAAUCUUACACGAUUUCAACCCAAAAAAGAUUGCCCUGGUGUCGGCCGCCUGUUGCUCUAUGUGCGAGUGGAUCAUAGCUUUGAGUAACUACAAUGAAGUGCAGAAGCUGGUGGGCCCUAAGCAAAUCCAAGUAGCUGAAGCGCAAAACGUCCUAAAAAUCGCAAGGCAGCGGUUGGCUGAAAAACAGAGGGGUUUACAGCUGGUGGAAGAACAUUUGCUGUUUUUGCAGGCAGCCUACAAAGACAUUGUCGCUGGGAAAGAAGUAUUAGCAAGUCGGAGACAACUGGCCACUAGGCGCUUGCACUGUGCGUCCCUCCUGCUGACGGCUCUGGACGACGAAAAGACUCGAUGGCAAGAAACAAUCAACCAAAUAGACGCCAAGUUGGAAGGCAUUUUGGGCGACAUACUUGUUUCGGCAGCGUGCAUUGUCUACAGCGGAGUCUUGACAGCCGAAUUUCGAGAGUUGAUUGUGAACACAUGGGAGAAUCUUUGCACUGAAAACAGCAUUUCUUUGUCUUCUAACUUUUCUUUAAUUGAAGUCAUGGCACAAACACAGGAGAUCCGUCGAUGGCACCAUCAGGGGCUACCCCUUGGUCAGUAUUCAACGGAAAAUGCCAUCUUGAUCAAGAACGGCCUGCAGUGGCCGCUGCUGAUUGACCCACACAAGCAAGCUUGCAACUGGAUCCGCCAGAUGGAAGGACCUAGGCUUCAAGAGCUCUCCAUUAAGGACAGCAGUUACAUCAAAAACAUUGAAAAUGCCAUGAGAACAGGGGGGAGCGUCCUCUUGCAGAAUCUCCCUGAAACGUUGGCUCCGGGCUUAAAGGCAAUUUUGAAAAAAGACAUCUUUCAGAGAAGGGGACAGUGCUUCAUACGGGUCGAUGAUACUGAGAUUGAAUAUAACUCCACAUUUAGGUUAUACAUAUCUACAGAAAUAGACAACCCACAUUUCCCUCCAUCCGUUUAUAACUUCGUUACUAUGAUCAACUUCACGGUAACGUUCCAGGGUUUGCAAGAUCAGCUCCUAUCUACCAUGUUAAGUCACGAAGUCCCUCAUCUCGAAAAUCAACGUUUCAAGUUACUGGAGAGCAUUUCCCUUGAUGCUAUGACUCUUCAGGAACUGGAGGAAAAAACGUUAAGUUUACUGCAGAACACGCAAGGGUGUGUCUUAGAUAACGAGGAGAUCGUAGACAUCUUAAGAAAAUCCAAAAUCACUUCGAAUGAAAUUUCCAGGCGCAUCAGUGCAGCAGAAAAGGCAGAAAGCGAAAUUCAAGAAACGCGGAGGAACUACCUCCCCAUCGCCACGCGGGGCGCCGUGCUCUACUUCCUCGUGGCCGGCCUGGCCCAGAUCAGCUACAUGUACCAGUUCUCCCUGGACUGGUUCCGCCAGGUUUUCGUCUCAUCCGUGGUUUCCAAAAGCAAAGAGCAAGAGCACGGUUUGAAACGGGAGAAAGUGUCUCUGAGAAGACUGCACGAAACGGUAAACCUCUCAAAAGAACCGAAGACAAAGCAUGAGAAAAAACCCUCCGAGGGGCACCUGAAAAACUCCAUAGAUACGUUGACAAGAAAUGUAUUUAAGGUGGUGUGCGCGGCGCUGUUCAAUCAGCAUAAACUCUGCUUCUCCUUCCUGCUGUGCACCUCGGUCAUGCAGAACAACGCCAGCGAGAGGCCGCCGCGGGACGACCUGGGGGCCCUCCCGGAUGAAGAGUGGAACAUCUUCCUGCACUCGGACAUCCUGAUAAACACCGAAGGCGUGAUGCCCCGGCCCAGGCUUGACAGCCUGUACGGAAUGUACUCCGGGCGGCACCUGCAGUGGGUCUCGGAGCCCCGGUGGAGGCAGUGCCUGUACCUCAGCGGCCAGCUGGAGCCCUUCUCCCUGCUCUGCAAGUCCCUGCUGGCAAACGUGUCGCAGUGGACCGCCUUCCGGGACAGCAAGGCCGCCUACGCCCUGAUGGGCUCGCCGUACUCCUCGGAGGACGCCCCGCCCGAGGAGAGUGAGAAAUCCCCCGAGGAAGCUGAGCUUCUGAGCGGAAUUGGAGAAUUGCGCAGCCCCGUGACUUUCCCCUGGGAGAAACUCACUCCGUUUCAAAGACUGAUGUUGAUAAAAAUUCUUAGGCCAGAACUUUUGAAGAAUUCGGUGAGAAGUUUUAUAACUGAAAAAAUAGGAAGCGAGUAUAUUCACAGGACCGGGGUUAACCUGAAGGAGUCGUACAAAGACUCCAACGCCAGGACCCCCCUCAUUCUCAUUCACUCGCAAGGGGUGGACGUCACCAGCACCCUCCUGAAAUUCGCGCAAGAGCUCAAAGGGACGACGCAGCACGUGACCAUGAUUUCCCUGGGCCAGGGCCGCGCGGCUAAAGCAGAAGACCUCAUCGCCAGGGCCCUGGCCAAGCCGGAGCAGUGGGUCUUCCUCCAGAACUGCCACCUCGCGGCGUCCUUCAUGCCAAGGCUUCGCGCCAUCGUGGAAGCGUUUAACAGUCCAAACGCGACCGUCGACCCUGAGUUCAGGCUGUGGCUGAGCUCAGAAGCAGACAGCUCUUUCCCUGUUCCCGUUCUUCAGAAGAGUUUAAAGAUCGCAGUGGAAACGCCCAUAGGAUUUAAAAGUAACUUACUUAAGACGCUUGGAUACGGCGGGAGAGGAGAGGUGACGGAAGAAAUGUUUGAAAAACCCGACCGUGGACCAUGGUGGAAAAAACUUCUGUUCAGCUUGUGUUUUUUCAACGCUCUGAUCAAUGAAAGAAAGAAAUACGGGAUCCUGGGCUGGAACGUUGAUUACGAAUUCAGCUCUUCAGACUUCGAGGUGGCCGUGAAGGUGUUAGAGAACGCCCUGACCACCCAGCCCGACGUCCCGUGGCAGACGCUGCGCUUCCAGGUCGGGGAGGUGGUUUACGGCGGCCGGGUGACCGACCACUGGGACCGGCGGUGCCUCAACACCCUUCUCGACAGGUUCUAUAACCCGGACGUGUUGAGAGACGACUUCAGCUUCUUCAGCGAGGAGGUCUGCCAGCCCCUGCCGGAACCCGCCAGCUUGCAGGACUACGUCCGCCUCGUCCAGACCCUGCCCGACGAGGAGCCCGCCGAGCUCCUGGGGCUGCACCCCGAGGCCGCCAGGGGCUGCCGGCAGACCCAGGCCCAGAAUUUCAUGAGUACUCUCAUUGCCCUGCAGCCAAGUACGAUCCCGCACAGCCUCAUGACCAGCCGCGAGCAGAGCAGCGACGAGCUGGUGAUGGACAUGCUGUGCGACCUGCUGAAGCGCCUGCCGCUGACGGUCGAGAAGGGUGAGGACACCGGGUCACAGAGCACGCUGAGGGGCGUCAUGUCCGGCCCCAUCUGGGACACUCUGUACAAGGGCCUCAGAGGCUAUGACCCCGUGAUCCGCUGCGCCUUGCUGACCUUGCUGAACCAAGAAAUCGAACGAUUCGAUAAGCUGCUGUUUGUUAUACACGAGUCUUUGAAAGGCCUUCAGCUCGCCAUCAGAGGAGAGGUCAUCCUGUCCCAGGACCUGGAGGAAAUAUACGAGUCUUUUCUCAAAAUGAGGGUCCCGGCGCUGUGGCGGAAACACGCCUACAAGUCCUGCAAGCCCCUGAUGUCCUGGGUUAAUAAUCUCAUCCAGCGGCUGAACUUCUUCAACACCUGGGCCAAGAUGGCUUACACCGCGAUCUACCACCGGUACAUGAGAUUCAUCGCAGCUUGGAAGCACACCAACCCCGACCUCAAGGACCCCACGGAUGGAAAUACUAGUUUCUUUGAGGGAUUUCCUGCGAGAUACUGGCUCCCAGCUUUCUUCGUUCCACAAGCCUUUCUUACGGCUGUGCUUCAGGACUACGGAAGGUCCCAAGGAGUCUCCAUGGAUGCCCUCACUUUCACCCACCAUGUGCUCUCGGACACCGCUGACAUCAGAGAGGAGGAGUUCUCCAUAAUCAUCCAGCAGAAACUCAACAUCGUCAGGAGAGCCUUUAAGGGCACAGACUGCACACACAUUGGGGUUCACAUCUUUGGACUAUCCAUCCAGGGAGCAAGGUGGAAUCACGAAGAAAAAAUGCUAGAAGACUCGCUGCCCUGUGAGCUAUGUUGUGAUUUCCCUGAAAUCUUCUUCAUGCCAACGAAGAUUUCCACCGAAACACCAGAUACUUCUAACCAGGCGGAGUCAGAGCUCUAUACUUUUGAAUGCCCAGUAUAUCAGACACCUAAGAGGUCAAGGGUUCUGACAGCUAGUGGCUUACCCUCAAACUUCUUAACAUCGGUGAACUUACCCACGAAGAAACUGCCCAGCCACUGGAUCACGAUGCAGGUUGCGCUGCUGUGUGAGACGAGCGAGAGCUAA